CUUUGUGCUAACUUGACAUGCCUCACAGCAAAGUACAGGAGGCUGCCCGGGGCAGAGGGCGGCGGGAAGGUAGCGUGGGGGUUGCUCGUCUGCAAGAGCGAGCUCACGAACCACCGAGGGUCUAGGGGCUGCACGGAGCUAGCCAGGCCAGAAGAGGGCACCAGACCUCAUUCCAGAUGGUUGUGAGCCACCAUAUGGUUGUCGGGAAUUGAACUCAGGACCUUUGGAAGAGCAGGCAAUGCUCUUAACCACUGAGCCAUCUCUCCAGCCCCCUAAAAUUUUUAAAAAAUUAUUUUUAAUUAAAAGAUUUGACUUGGAGGGACAGCUUGGAAAAUAUAACUGUCAUUUCAUUAAGAUGUUAUGUUCAUAAAUUGAAGGGUGAGUUUUGUCUGCUGCCAGGGCUCAUGCACACCUAGCAGGGCUUCGCCACGGAGUCACAUGGCCAAAUCUAUUUUGUGUAUGAGUGUUUUUGCCUGCAUGUAUGUAUAAACCACUCACAUGCCAAGUGAAGCCCAGAAGAGUGUAUCUAGGAUUCUCAAGAACUGGAGUUGCUAACAGUUGUGAGCCACUAUGUGGGUGCUGGGAACCUUACUGGACUCCUGGAAGAGCAGCCAGUGCUCUUUAAAGCCUACAUAAACAAAACUUGCCUGGAGCUGACAGCUCGUGUGUGUGUGUGUGUGUGUGUGUGUGUGUGUGUGUGUGUGGUGGGGUGCUGUGCUACCAUACACCUUGAGACAGACCCCUUCAUUUCUAAGAAUCUGCGUUUCUAGAGAUCAGAAUGGGGGAAUGAGGCAAACACAGGCUUGCUGACACUACAGGGCCAUGAGACUGGAAAAGAGAAGUAGAAGACAAUCUAACCUGCCUUCCAGGCAAGUGGCAGCAAGUAAAUGUCACCUUGUUCAAAGCCAUAUGUCAAAGUUGCCACUGGUAGUCACGAGGAACUGGCAUUUCAAAACCAGAUUUGGGCUUCCUCCAGGUCAUGAAUGUGGAGGGUAUUGGGAUCCAGGAGCUUUGGGGUGGCUCAGGAGGAGUGUGGUUCUACACACACACACACACACACACAGACACCAGAAGCCUUGGGGUGGCUCAGGAAGAGUGGCUCUGCACACACACACACACACACACACCAGGAGCCUUGGGGUGGCUCAGGAGGAGUGUGGCUCUGCACACAUACACAAACAUACCAGGAGCCUUGGGGUGGCUCAGGAGGAGUGUGGCUCUGCACACACGCAGACACACACACACCAGGAGCCUUGGGGUGGCUCAGGAGGAGUGUGGCUCUGCACACAUACACACACACACCAGGAGCCUUGGGGUGGCUCAGGAGGAGUGUGGCUCUGCACACACACACACACACACCAGGAGCCUUGGGGUGGCUCAGGAAGAGUGUGGCUCUGCACACACACAGACACACACACACACAGACACACACACACCAGGAGCCUUGGGGUGGCUCAGGAAGAGUGUGGCUCUGCACACACACAGACACACACACACACAGACACACAGACACCAGGAGCCUUGGGGUGGCUCAGGAAGAGUGUGGUUCUGCACACACACACACACACACACACACACACGAGGAGCCUUGGGGUGGCUCAGGAAGAGUGUGGCUCUGCACACACACAGACACACACUUGGAAUGGCGUCUGCCAUGCUUUCCAUGCACCAGCUAUGGUGGAGACUCCACUUGAGGGCACUGAGAAGGCAGCUGCAGGCAGCCCACAAAGAUGCUGGGUCCCUGCACUGCAACUCACAAAUAUGGCCCCUGGGAUGUGCGAGACUGUACUAGAACCCGUGUAAAAGUUCAAGAGGGGGGCUGGAGAGAUGGCUCAGAGGUUUAAGAGCAGUGCCUGCUCUUCCAAAGGUCCUGAGUUCAAUUCCCAGCAACCACAUGGUGGCUCACAACCAUCUGUAAUGAGGUCUGGUGCCCUCUUCUGGCCAGCAGGCAUACACACAGACACAACAUUGUAUUCAUAAUAAAUAAAUAUUUAAAAAAAAAAAGUUCAAGAGGACACUGGGAGAGACGCUGGGCAGGCUGCAGUGGCCAACCUGGCCCCGGCCUCUGUGGACUGCACUGUGGAUGGUUUCUAUGUCGUCUUCUGUCAAUUCUAGCAAACGGGGGAUGUGACCCAGGGGCUGAGUGAUCUUCAGCAUUUUUAAACAGAAACAACAAAACAACCCAGAAACCCUAUGAGCCUUUAAUGGCGAGAGAGAAUGCUGACACACAGACAGCCCUGAACACAACAAAGUGGCACCGGGAUGCCGAGGCACUUUACCUGGGAGGGAAGUUUUUCCAGAGGGCAAAGGUACCUGAAGGGAUGUCCAUGUCCUUAUUUACAAAGAAGUAUAGACGAAAGCUCACCUUCAAGAACAGGCUGUACCAAGGGCAGGGGUCUUGAGUACUAGUGCAGAAUGGCAUCGCCCUGGGGAGCUGACUUUGGCAGGUGUGACUUUUUUUCAUUUGUUUUAUUAAUAGACAUAAUUCUUCAGAAUAAUUUUAGGUUCAUAAGAGAACUGAGCAGAAAGUACAGAUAGUUCACACUGCCCUGCCCCCUACACCCCUACCUCCCAGGCUGCACCUUCCAGAGGUGGGUCUGUUGGAAGCAGUAAACCUGUUCCCCGCCAUUCAUAGUCCUAGAAGUCAGCAGUGUACACAGGGUUCACUCAGCAGCAGGUGACACUGUGCACCUCCAAAUGAACACUUCUGGUCCCAGCAGAAAACUGAGGACAGGGCAGAGCAGUUGGGUGUCUCAGCAGAGACACACGUGUUCUUACAGAGUGGAAGAUGCCAGGACACGCUAAGGGAAUAUGGAAGGACGCUGCUUUUCAUAAGGGCUCAGUCCAGUGCAUGAGGAAGCACCCUCAUGGCCUCCUCACCUCACAGGUCCUGCCUUGCGGUGCUGUCACAUGGGUACAGUAGACCACACCAGCAUGUAGACGGAGACACCCAGACCCGAACAAUCACACCAGCAUGUAGACGGAGACACCCAGACCCGAACAACCACACCAGCAUGUAGACGGAGACACCCAGACCCGAACAAUCACACCAGCAUGUAGACGGAGACACCCAGACCCGAACAAUCACACAGAAACUAUCUUAAUUACAGUACUGUUUGGCCAAUGGCUCAAGCGUAUUUCUAGCUAGCUCUUAUAUCUUAAAUUAACCCAUUUAUAUUAUUUCGCAUCUUACCACAAGGCUCAUGGUUUAUUACCUCUUCCUUGUUGAGCUGCUACAUGGCAUCUGGCUCCUUCAGCAGCUCCAUGGUGUCUCUCUGACUCUGCCUACUCUCUAUAUCUCUUCAAGCCUGGCUAUAUUCUGCCCUGCCAUAGGCCAAAGCCGCAUUAUUCAUAUAAAAGCAACACAUAUACAGAAGGGUAUCUCACAUCAUCUCCUCCUUUCUGUCUAAAGAAAAAGUAGGGUUUUAACAUAGUAAAAUUACAUAUAAUAAAACAGGUAUCAAGCAAGAAUUAGUUACAAUAUUUAGUCUAUUUGUAUUUGACAAAAAGAAAAUAUUUUAUUUUGUGAGUCUAAAGUUUUAUUUUAUUUAUUUAUUUAUUUUGUUUUUUCGAGACAGGGUUUCUCUGCAGCUUUGGAGCCUGUCCUGGAACUAGCUCUGUAGACCAGGCUGGUCUCGAACUCACAGAGAUCCGCCUGCCUCUGCCUCCCAAGUGCUGGGAUUAAAGGCGUCUGGCCACCAUCGCCCGGCCAAGUCUAAAGUUUUAUAUAUGAUUUACCUUUUAUUACAAUUAAGGAAAACUAAAACUGCGUUUAAUUAUAUCCAAAAGGAUAUAACAAUAUUACCUAAGUAAACAGGAAGUAUAUUGUAAGCAACUUCCAAAAUUCUAGAAUUGACAGAGACAUCUUGUUGCCUGGACCGUCACCCAAAGGUCUUUUGUAGUGUUGGGGCAUCCAUCUUCAGCCGACAGGUCCAUAGUAUCCAGCAGACUUUCCCAUGAAGCAGGAAAUUUGAAGAUCUGUUUUGCCUUGUAAUGGCCAAUUUUAUCAGUUGGUUUUUGUGUGUGUGUCAUGCCUCUUUUUUGUCCCUUGCUUCUGGUUUUUGAAGACAAGGUUUCUUUGUGUAACAGCUCUGGCUGUUUGGGAACUUUAUGUGUAGAGCAGGCUGGCCACAAACUCAAGAGAUCUGCCUGCCUCCACCUCCUAAGUGCUGGGAUAAAAGGUGUGUUUUGUUUUCUAAGUCCCUGCCACCUGCCUGCUCGUGCCCUAGCAGUGCUGAGUCCUGCUGCUCUGUGUCCCACCAAGUACAAGGUGCUUCCUUGUUCUAGUCUGCAGAUCCAAUGCUCUAUGGCAGUGCUGGGCACUUCCUGUUUUGUCAUCUGUGGUUCACGUCUGAGGAGGUGACAAUAUUUUGUUUUGUUUAAAGAUUUAUUUAUCAUGUAUACAGUGUUCUGUUUGUAGGUAUGUUUGCAGGCCAGAAGAGGGCACCAGAUCUCAUUACAGAUUGUUGUGAGCCACCAUGUGGUUGCUAGGAAUUGAACUCAGGACCUCUGGAAAGAGUAGCCAGUGCUCUUAACCUCUGAGCCAUUUCUCCAGCCCAAUGUUUUUUUUUAAUGAAGUGUACUCCUACCACAUGCAUUUCUUAUGCAUUUAUCUAAGAGAAAUGCCAGCUGAUCUACAGGCUGAGUGGAAUCCAGCACCCAGGAAACCGAGGGCCUAGGUAGCUAUCUCAGUGGUUAAAGCUCCACAAAGCUCCAGCACCCGCACAGCACAGCCAGGCACAGCGUGUGCCUGUGGUCCUCGUGCUGGGGAGGUGGAGACAGGAAUUCUUGACAUCACUGACCAGCCAGUCCAGCCUGAUCAGGUCCCAGGAGACACUUAUCUCUGUGUCCACAGAAAAAUCUGUGUACAAAUAUCUAUUGAUUUUCUUCACAAUUGCCCCAAACUUGAGACAGCCUAAGUAUCUAUCAGCCGGUGAGCAGACAAAAGGUGACACUCCAGUGCUUAGUAACAGAAAGAAACAAACUCCAGCUCUGCACUGUUGAAGAUGAAAGCAGCCAGACCGAAAGGAAGGGCAGAAUCUUGCGGACAAAGCCAGGCUGGGUGGUCAGGGCUGGAGAAGCCUGUGCAGUGGGGCAUCUACACCCACGUGGUUUUUCCGGCGAGUUCUGGCAGCAGGUGGCAUACAGCAGUAUGAACUUGUUGGAACUCAUAUUACACCUCUUGAGAAGAGGCCCCACUGUAAUGGAGGGUCUGAGCACCACUUCCCCACCCAGCAGAUGUGAGCCCCGGGCAGCUCCACCCACUGGUGCUUAUCCCCUGGGGUCAGACUGGAGGUAACAGGCACGAUGUGCCAGCCUAACAGGAAGGUGCUGUGGCAAGCACCUGUGGCACUGGUGCCAUCUGCCCUGCACAGCUGGCGCAGUUCAAGCACAUGAAUUCUGGGAGGACCAUCUGUCCCUCUAUCGACAGAGCCAUGACACUGGAUAAACGUCUGGGCUCCCUCCCAAGCAGCCAGGCUGACCCCCAACCCAGCUGUUUAUAGCUUAACAGCAACCUCUGGUCCCCAGGAGAGGACAGCUAAGCAGAGCUGCCGCGGCUCCAUCCCCUAGGCCAGCCCUACACCUACCCCAGUCAGGUAUGAGGACUUGUCUGUAGCUCUUUCUAGAAAAGCAGAGCACCGAGACAGUGAAAAAUUGCCCAGUGUAAAUGUCAACCACAAGCCAUUUCCAAAGAAUCUCGGCUCGGGCCUGAGUGUUAACAUUUAUAUGCCCAUAGAUCUGUGCACGAUCGUUAGAAACAAAGCCCAGAAGGGACUGGUUUUGCUAAUACAAAUGGCAUUGACAGUCAUAAAAAUACACACUUUACUAGCGCCUUCUCCUGCCUGGCAUUUCCACGUGUGGUGGGCUUGUUGGUAAAGGGCCAUGCAAAGUGAUGAGGAAUGAGGUCAGGGGCCAGGCCAGAAUGAAUGGCGGAUAUUGCGGUCUUCGGAACAGUGCAGCUGGCUCUGAGGGCGGUCUAGGGAAGGCUGACUUCCACAGAGCACACCAAGACCUGAGGUGCAGUUCUCACUGGGAGAAUCUCACACCAACAUAUAGAGGGUAUCAAGGAGCAAAAGGAGACACCAGUUCUCCAGGGGUUGGCUGUUUUAACCAGCUGAGGCCCCAUGUCUGGUGCUCACAUGAGACACCGAGGACUCACUGUGCAACUCCUCCAGGUCCAAGAACUUGAGGUUAGGCGGUUCUCCUUGCUGUGAGCCCAGUGCCAACCAAGAUAUGCACUUCUGGUGCUCCUGACAUUUUGGGGUGUGCUGGGAAGUUGUCUUGUUUUCCCUCAGUAGUGGAGAUUGAGCCUAGGGCCUCACACACUUUAGUCAAGCUCCCUGUUCUUUAUAGUCUUCGACGGAAUCCUAAAUUGACUAGCUUAAUCAAGCACCUUGUACUUGUACUUGUAGCCUGAGAUUCCGGGUCCACCACCAGGUCCAGAUCAUGUUAGAACUUUAGAGAUGUCUCCACCCUUUACUCUGGAGAUGGCAAAGGAGGGAAAACUUUCCAGAGCCUGGCAGGAACUGCCUGCAGGGCUGGUUCACUAAAAGGGAGAGAGGGGCUCCCAAGCUUUUCUUCUCAUUUUCUAGGCUUGAAUCAUGAAGACCUAGGAAGUAGAGGACAUAUCACCUCCCCAGAGGGCUAGUUCAACCAGGACUAAGGCCAUUGUGGUUGUGUGACAUCCUUCCAUACAUGUAGGGUUCUCCUAGAGUGUGACACUGACCCUUGACAGACAUGAGUGGUCCUUGUAAGCUUUGGGGAGCCAGCGGGAGCUGUUCCCUUGGAACUCUAACAUGAGGUUAGGAAAGCCCGUUUAUGUGUCCAUAUGUGGCGGCAGUAUCUUUCCUGCUUGGAGCACUAUGCUCCCAGAGCUCCGCAGGUCCUCCGCCAAAGGACUUCCUUGUGUCUACUCUCCAGCAGGGAUUGAAGAGUUGGGCUUUAGAGGGGCAGGUUCAAAAUACAGACAUACACCAGGGCCAGGCCUGCUGCUUCCAGCCAAGCCCCGCCGCGUGUGGAUGCUAGUGACCUGGCUUAUGAAAACCACCAGAGUAACUUAAAUCACUUAAGAAGUCACUUUGUACAUAAAACACUCUCAGUCUCUACAGGUCACAGUAAUACUCCUUGGACUGGGGAAUGCGAUUCAAUUCUGAUUUCAAUUAGAGUAAGAACAAAGGGAGCCAUUUGAGAUGAGGUCUCACGACCAGCAGCUCUGACACAGGAUCUCAUGUACCCCGGGGCUGGUCCACUCACUUUGUAGCCAAAGAUGACUUUAAACUACUGACCGCCCUGCCUCUACAACUCAAAUGCUGGGACAGAGGCAUGCGUCACUGCACUUCACGCAUGCUGCCCUUCACCUCCCACGAGCUCGUCUCAAGUCUGCUCACACACAUCUGCUCAGGAGGCCGUCUUCCAAUACGUACCUUCCAUGGAAAAGCUCAUGAUGGAAGCUUUCAAGAGCUGUCCAGGGGAGUGUGCCAAUGAAGACAUGCAUUGUUGGUGCUCCUGACAUUUUAAAAAUGGCAACUUCCUCAUGUCUUGAUGCAGGCAGGGGCUGCAUGAUAGACUGAUCACCUGGCACACUGCUGUCUUUUCUAGCGGCUCUUCUGCCCUUUCCCCUCUUUCUGGUUUAGGCACAUGAACACGGGAGCUGGGUACGGGGGCUGUGUGCAUGGUGGUGAGCCCAGGAGAGAACACGGAGAUGCAAGCCCACUCACUGACUUGUUACCCCAUUAGUCAACCUUCUCAGCUUCCCACCUUUUGGGAGGGAAUGAGCUGUGUGUUUGUACGUAGCCAUGGUCUGAAAAGAUCAAGGACCCCCUCAGAGACACACAGAGUGCCCUGUUCACAGUUUCCUCUUGGAAUGAUGAGAAAGUUACCAACCUUCAGAUACAUCU